AUGUAUCUUUUGGAAAGUUGUUUUGAGCCGGGGGAGCUGGCUGGCUGGCUGGUUGGGAGUCAGUGUGAGUGGAUUGGAUCAGAGGCAGCAGUAAUGCAGAGGUCAGCUCGCAGGAGGGCGCCCGGAGUGCAGCAUUGCCCUGCAGCUCAGGGACACCCGGCCGAGCCGCUGGGAAACUCCCGGAGAGAGCUGUGCCCGGAGCAGGAGGAGGAGGUGGAGGUGGUGGGGAGGGAGAGCCCGGCGAGGAGACGGGCCAGGCCGGUGCGCUCCAAGGCCAGGCGGAUUGCGGCCAACGUGCGGGAGAGGAAGCGCAUCCUGGACUACAACCAGGCCUUCAACGCCCUGCGACUCAGCCUGAGGCACGACCUGAACGGCAAGCGGCUGUCCAAGAUCGCCACCCUGCGGAGGGCCAUCCACAAGAUCGCCAGCCUCUCGCUCUUCCUGCGCUCCGCUCCCCUCCGCAGGUGGCCGUGCGAGCACAGCGAGUGCCGGCGGCUGCCCGCAGACACCCCGUCCCCUGGCGCUGAGCCGCCCGCCUCCUGUCCGCCAGAAACUCCGGGCAGCCCCCUCUACUUCCAGCAGCCUCCCAGUGACCUUCCCCGAGAACAGGGCACCGUGCCCAGCCCGGAGUGUUACUCAAGUGCCGGCGGCUCCCACUUUGGGGUGAGGACAGCUUUCCAGCCGAGUCACCUGGAGACCUUUGUAAACCCCUCUCCAACCCCACUGCCUUGGCAAUUCAAUUACUUCCCAGGAACCAGCUACCAACAGACACUGCCAAUGCACUGAGCCGGAGACUGAUGAGGCUGUCUGCUUUGUAUAAAAGUCGGUUGUGCCAGCUACAAUUGAACAACGCAAACCAAGCAACACGGGCAAUCCACUGACAACAUGUUUGGAGUCUCCAGUUUGUAACCCAGAUACGUGAACACAACAUACAUACAGGAAAACCAUGCUGCCAUACAAAAUGUGAUGGAGCUGACCACUGAUGUUCUGGAACAAGGCUUCCAUGAUUGGGACCAAUCUGGAGGAGCUCUGGAGAAUUUAUAUUGAAGUAUCAUAAUGCUUGUUUGCUGGUCUUGCUGCACAACCUUGCAAACAAGAGGGGGCAUCAUGUGCCACCAGUUAUUCACCAGGCAACUGAAAGGCAGGAGAAUUUUAAAACUUCAUUUACAGGAUGUGAGCAUUGUUGGAUAGACCAGCAUUUAUUGCCCAUCCCUAAUUUGUCAGAAGGCAGUUAAGAGUUAACCUUAUUGUUAUGAGUCUGGAGUCACAUGUAGGCCAGUCUGGGUAAAAUGGUAGUUUCCUUUCCUAAACAAAGGCAAGGAAACUUUGAUGGCUCAUUAAUGCCUAAAUACCAUUAGUGAACCAGAUGGGUUUUUCUUGACAAUCAGCAAUGAACUCACAAUCAUCAUUGGACUCUUGAUUCUAGAUAUUUAUUGAACUCAAGUUCCACCAUCUGCCUUAGCAGGAUGUGAACCAGGUCCCCAGACCAUUAUCGGGGUCUCUGUAUUAAUAGGCCUAGUGACAAUAACACAAGGCCAUCACCUCCACACAAGUGAGGCAAAGGCUACCUACACUCAUGUUUCCCAAAGUUUUCCCCACUAUGACCCCCUUGCGGCUUGAAAGGAUUUGUGAUCCUUUGAGAGAGCAGGGACUGGAGGUCAGUGAGAGGAGGGGCCUGUUAGAGUCAGAGACUAGUUAUUCUAACUCAGUCAGAGCUCCACAAUGGGCAAUGCUAUCUCAGAACUCGCAACCUCAAGCUCACAAUCCCACUUGGAAUUACAGCACUCCCAUUGGGAAGUCUUGACCUCAACAAUCCCUUUCUGUCCAGGCUGUGGUGAAGAACUCCAAAUGAAAUAUCUGUAACUGCACCCAAAUCCCUAUUUACCAACAGAUUCUAACCUUAACCUUACCAUCCCUCAGAAAUGGAUGCUAUGCCACAGUGAAAAAAUAGAGAAACAAAAUGCAAAAUAAACACUCCAAACCAAAUUUCUAAACAAAAUCAAGUCAUGUUCAAUGUGCUAAUCAACUAAUUACCAGUUCAGUUUCUGAUCAAUGGUAACCCAAGAUGUUGAUCACGGAGGAAUUCAGCAAUGACAAUACUAUUGAAUGUCAUAGGGAGAUGGUCAUUGCCCCGUACUUGUGUGGUGUGGUGUAAUUUCCACUGUCAGCCUAAGUCUGGAUGUCCUCUGAAGUUUGUUGAAGUGAUAUAAACUGGUUCAACAUCUAAGGAAUCAUUGGUCAAUAUUCCUACUUCUAAAAUGAUGAUUGAGGGAAUAUUGUUGAUGAUGAGGUGAAGUUGGUUGGGUCCAGGACACUACCCUGAGGAAUUUCUGAACUGAGGCACUUGGCCUUUUUUGUGGUAGGAAUCACUCCAAUUAGUAGAGAGCUUUGCCUAUUUCCUAUUGACUCCAGUUUUGCUGGGUUCCUUGGCCAAAUGUUGCCUUGAUGUUAAGUGCAGCAAUUCCCGUCUCACCUGUGGAAUUCAGGUCUUUUUUGCUGUUUGGGCUGAGGCUAUAGUGAGGUCAGGAGUUGCCUUGGCUGAUCCUAAACUGAGAGUCAAUGAGCAGGCUAUUCCUUUGGGAGAGCCACUUGACAGCGCUAUCCAUUACCCCUACCAUAACUUUGAUGAUGGUGAUCAAGAGUAGACUGACAAGGCUGGGAGGCUUAUAUCCUGCAUUUUGUGCACAGGACAGAGCCAAGGAAAUUGUCUGUAAAGUAUAAUUCUGUGUGUAUGACCACAUCAUGCUCUUCAUAGAAUCCUUAUAGUGUGGAAGUAGGCCAUUUGGCCCAUUAAGUCCACACUGACCCUCCAAAAAAUAUCCCACCCAAUCCUUGUAAUCAUGCAAACUCCACACUGAAAGUCACCCGAGGCUGGAGUCAAACCUGGGUCCCUGGCAUUGUGAGGCAGCAGUGCUAAUCCCUGAGCACCAUGCCACAUUGUUACUUGACUUGCUCAUGGGACAAGUCUGCCAAUGUUAUGAUGGGGGACUUUGCCGGACUAGGGGUUUUGCGUUUUGGUGCCUUGGUUUCACUCCUUUUGUUCGGCUCUACAACUGAGUGGCUGGCCAGCCCCAUUUCGAGGGCUGUUAAGAGUCAAUCACAUUGCUGUGAUUCUGAAGUCACAUGUAGGAUUUCCUUCUCAAAAGGUCAUCAGAGAACUAGAUGGGAUUUGCCAAUAAUCAACAAUGGUUGCAUGGAUUCCAUUUGACUAUAGGUUUUCAAAAUUAUGAGGGGCAUGGAUAGGAUAAAUAGACAAAGUCUUUUCCCUGAGUUGGGGAAUCCAGAACUAGAGGGCAUAGGUUUAGAGUGAGAGGGGAAAGAUACAAAAGAGACCUAAGGGGCAACUUUUUCACGCAGAGGGUGGUACGUGUAUGGAAUGAGCUGCCAGAGGAUGUGGUGGAGGCUGGUACAAUUGCAACAUUUAAGAGGCAUUUGGAUGGGUAUACGAAUAGGAAGAGUUUGGAGGGGUAUGGGCCGGGUGCUGGCAGGUGGGACUAGAUUGGGUUGGGAUAUCUGGUCGGCAUGGAUGGGUUGGACCGAAGGGUCUGUUUCCAUGCUGUAUAUCUCUAUGACUCUAUGACUAAGUCCAGGUAUUUUUAAUUCAAACUUCACCAUUGACCCACAGAGGGUUUUGAAUGAACAUCCCCAGAACAUGAGCCUGGGGCUUUGGAUUACCAGUCCUAUGCCAGAUAGCAGUUCUAACAGUUUGGUACAUUUUAAAAUGAGAGACUCAUCAGACUACUAGAGGGGGAAAAAAUUAAGAAAUCAUA